CACAUGAAGAAUGUCUAUCGAGUACUUCAGUGUUCAGAAGAAGAAUUAACACAGAUGGUAUCAACUAUGUCAGAUGGCUGGAAAUUUGAACAGUUAAUAAACAUUGGUUCACAGUACACAUACGGAACUGAAGACCAUGUAGAAUUUUUAUGUGUGGUUUCCAAAGAAUGCCCUAACAUUGUCAAUGGACAAGAAAAUGAACCUACUGAUAGAGCAAAGGUGUUACAACAGAAAGGAUCUCGAAUGUGAAUAAGAACCCUAACUUAUACUGCUUAUUGUGUGCCCUACUGCAGGGAAUAAUCCCUAAACACUGCUGUGGUCUAAGGAACAUUUUCUGUCUUUCUCAAAUGAAAGUGUGUUUAUAUUAUUCAUUUUUUUUUAAACUGAAGGAAGAGAGAUUUCAUUAUUUCUCUUUCAUAAAAGAAAAUGUGAACUGUAACAGCAAAAGAGGAAACAAAGUAAGAAAGAAAGAAGGAAAAUGUAGAAAAAAGAUAAGACAGAGAGAAAAGAAAGAAUGCAAAAUGAUUCACAGAGACCCCUUCAUUACAGUUUCCUCCAAUCUAAAAUUGGAAUAAAGGAAACCUUUAAGGAAGCAUUGGUUUCCAAUAAUUGUUUUUUUUUUUUGUUGUACACAUUUCCUACCCUCCCCAUUCUCCUUCCCAUCACUCUUUAAUCACAACUAUAAAAAGCAGCAGUAAUAAAACAAUCCCCUGUCUUACACAAUAGGGUUGUGCCUCUUGAACCCCUUCCUUUUUCCAUCUCCCACAUCAGUGUGGUCAGUCUGUCUUUUAACUCGUCUGGCUACUCUUGGAUCAUCACAUAUCAACAUUUCAAAAUCUGUGCUUAGUUGCGUGUGCAUGUGUGUGUGUGCAUGCAUAUCUCUGUUUAAAUUUAGGAACUAUGCUGUCAACCACUUAUCAUGGGUUUCAUACACUUCAUGUAAUAAUCUUCACCGAUUCAGUAAAAUUCAGUGCAAGCUCUAAAAAUGAAUGAAUGAAUGAAUGGCACCUCAUGUGAACAUGGUUACCAUUUCUGUGAUGUGAUACCUCACACCAAACAGUAAACAUGAGCUGACAUUAUUAUUCAUUCAUUUGUCACUAUUGUAUGGAUAUCUCAGUUCUCACACAUAUACUUGCUUACAGCCAUGUACACACACACACAUUUUAACUAGUUAUACAUACAUAUUUUAACUAACUAUAUACACACCACACACAUAUACACAUAUACUACACAUGAGUCAUAUUAGACCAUCAAAAUUCAUGGUUUGUAAGUUUGUCUGAAGAGAAAUAUGUAAAUUGCAUUUUCUCGUUUCAAUAGAUAUGUAUAAAUACAAGAAACACAGCUAUUUUUUUCUUCUCUUUAUUUUGACUUUAUUUAAAUAUUUUAUUUUUUUAUUUUAAUUUUUAUUUCUCCUAUAUCCAUUUCCUUUUCUAUUUUGUUAACCAAAUUUUUACAAACCAUUUUUAAACAAAAAAAACCUGAACUCAUCUGGAAGUUCUAAAUUUAAUUGAACUCUUAAAUUCUCUGUAGACCCUAAUGAAAAUGAAAAAAAAAAGGAAAAAAUAGGGUAAAAAACACUAAAACAAAGCAACUGGCUUCAGGAACCAGUUUUGAAACCUGCUGACUAAAAACCUGUAAAUGAAGUAGUUAAAUUCUUUAUGUGUCACUUUAA